UCAUGUAAUAAUGCCAUGUCCAUUCCGCUUUCUAUCCGUGUAGGACCUGUCAUCCUUACAACACAAUCAAGUCACUCAUUCAGUUCAUUACCGUACUUGGAUCUUGGCACCAACAUGUCACUACUAUAUCGCUUGAUUACAGGGUUCGCAGUAAUAACAAUUACGUCGGCCGCGCCAAAGUCUCCUGACAAACUACCCAACUGCCAAGAAUUCACCAAUGGCCUCACCUUCAACGACAGCCAGGCUAUUGGCACCUGGCACUUACUGCACUAUAGCACAGAAAAAUCAAAUGGCUCUGGAGAAUCACACUGCAUCCAGAUAGUACCAGUCACAGAAAAUGAACGCAAAGAUCUAUCAAACCUCAUUGGCAAGUACGUAGAAAAUCUUAAAUGGGAAAAGUUAACCCUAAAAAUGCAAAUACCUUGUGCUGAUGUGAAGUCCAACAGAACCCGGGAUUAUUAUCUGGAAAGACUGGAAGGUGACGGGUCCUAUAGAACUCUGCAAAUGCCCCCUUCCACAGCAAAAUUAGACCUAGCCGAUUUUCAUCGUUACCCCAUGAGGCUAAAAAUAGUGGAGAACAUGUACCUCGGCAUGAUGGACUGCCAUGAAAAAUUCGUAUUCCUGCUGGGCCCACAACCACCUAAGGGAAAGCCGAUAGACGAUCGCCUCAAGAAAAUGAUUGAAAUAUAUUGGCCUGAAGAGAAUUAAAUAAUUGUAAAUAGUCGAUUUCUAGAAUUGUGACUUAAACAAAGCUGUCGGAAUUUAGUACUUUCAAGCGACAUUUACUAAUGAUUAAUAUUGAUUAUUUGAUAUCAGAAUAUCAAAAUCAGAAAUCGAAUGUUACAAUUAUGAAUUAUUUCUUAUAAAAUAUGUAGACAUAUUCUUUUUAAUUAUUAUUAUUUAAAGAAGCUUAUCUAUAUGGUAUUAUAAUAUUUGAAUAAAUAAAAGAGUACAAACGGUAAAA